UCUAAAGUUUCUCCUCCUGCUCCUCCUCCUCCUCCUCCUCCUCCUCCCGGCGGCUCAGUCAGUCAGUCAGUCAGUCAGCGGUGAGAUUGAUCCUGGUCAGAUUUACACAGUGAAGGACCACAGAGGUGGACAGCUGGGACAUCAUGGGCAUCAAAUUCCUGGAGGUGAUCAAGCCAUUCUGUGCAGUGCUGCCAGAGAUCCAGAAACCUGAAAGAAAGAUCCAGUUCAGAGAGAAGGUGUUAUGGACCGCCAUCACUCUCUUCAUCUUCCUGGUGUGCUGCCAGAUCCCGCUCUUUGGCAUCAUGUCCUCAGACUCGGCAGAUCCGUUCUACUGGAUGAGAGUAAUCCUGGCCUCAAACAGAGGUACCCUGAUGGAGCUGGGUAUCUCACCGAUCGUCACCUCAGGCCUGAUCAUGCAGCUGCUUGCUGGAGCUAAGAUCAUCGAAGUUGGAGACACACCAAAGGACAGAGCGCUCUUCAACGGAGCUCAGAAAUUGUUUGGAAUGAUCAUCACCAUCGGCCAGGCCAUUGUGUACGUGAUGACCGGCAUGUAUGGAGAUCCCUCAGAGAUGGGUGCAGGAAUCUGUCUGCUUAUCAUCAUUCAGCUGUUUGUGGCUGGGAUGAUCGUGCUGCUGCUGGACGAGUUGCUCCAAAAAGGCUACGGUCUCGGCUCAGGAAUCUCACUGUUCAUUGCCACCAACAUCUGUGAGACGAUUGUCUGGAAGGCCUUCAGCCCCACGACUGUGAACACAGGAAGAGGCACAGAGUUUGAGGGAGCGAUCAUCGCUCUUUUCCACCUGCUGGCUACUCGCACAGACAAAGUGCGCGCUCUGAGAGAGGCCUUCUACAGACAGAACCUGCCCAACCUCAUGAAUCUCAUCGCCACAGUGUUUGUCUUUGCUGUAGUGAUAUACUUUCAGGGAUUCAGGGUCGAUCUGCCCAUCAAGUCUGCUCGCUACCGCGGCCAGUACAACACCUACCCCAUCAAGCUCUUCUACACCUCCAACAUUCCCAUCAUCCUGCAGUCUGCCUUGGUCUCCAACUUGUACGUCAUCUCCCAGAUGCUUUCCACGCGAUUCAGUGGCAAUUUCCUGGUCAAUCUACUCGGUACUUGGUCUGACACAUCGACAGGCGGUCCAGCCCGUGCCUACCCUGUAGGUGGACUCUGUUACUACCUCUCUCCCCCUGAGUCAUUCGGCUCUGUUCUGGACGACCCGGUCCAUGCAAUCAUCUACAUCGUCUUCAUGCUCGGAUCAUGUGCCUUUUUCUCCAAAACCUGGAUUGAAGUGUCAGGCUCCUCCGCCAAAGACGUGGCGAAACAGCUGAAGGAGCAGCAGAUGGUGAUGAGGGGACACAGAGAAACCUCAAUGGUUCAUGAGCUUAACAGGUACAUUCCUACAGCCGCUGCCUUUGGUGGGCUGUGUAUCGGCGGCCUAUCAGUAAUGGCUGACUUCCUCGGAGCCAUCGGCUCCGGCACCGGUAUCCUGCUGGCCGUCACCAUCAUCUAUCAGUACUUUGAGAUCUUUGUAAAAGAACAGAGCGAAGUAGGCAGCAUGGGGGCCCUGCUCUUCUAAAAAACGAAAAAAAAAAUCCAAUAUCUUCCCACCUUCAAUCAACUUUUUAUUAGGAUCACCAACUUUGCAUUUAUUUUUCCAUCUCUGUGAAGCCCCUGCGUCGUCAGCUGUUGAGUUUCAGGGUGUUUGAGGAAUCUUCAGGAAUCUCGGCUGAAUAUGGGACCUUGUGCGGUGGUGGUGGGUCUACACGGCUUGUUGCUCCCUCCACGUAUCUUCCCAAGUAAAACACAAAAAGAUCAACGUUUCAGUUGUACUUCAUCAGAUUUUCUGACGGACACGAGACUAUAGCCCCCCCCCCCCGGCUUCCGUUGCGUAUGCGAUGAAGGCCUGCGGGACUUUUCUCAGACUGACAAUAGAGCGCUUCAGUAUGCAGGCAUACUCGACACGGACGACGGAGGUCAACUGCCUGCUGUGUGCAUUAAAGCACUCGAUGUUCUGCUUGGUGUUAUCUUAGUUCAUACUUUUUAUUUUCAGCUGUUUUAUUAUAUAUUUUUUUUUCUUCAACCUGCCAAUUAUGUGAAGGUGUGGACCAGGAGCUGAACUGUCAAACGCUAAAUCAAGUACUGUUAUUUUCCUCGCUUGUGACCCCGUGUUAUGGCUUUUUGUUCGGACGGGGUCUCGUGGAUGUGGAGCUCACAUUGGGGUCCACCUGUUUAAACGAAAUUUGUUCAGCCUAUUUUUGUGAACAGUCAUUUGAUGAACCAUUCAAACAAAAAAAAAUACAAAAGGAAAAAAAAAGGUCCUCGCUAUUUUACUGUAUGGCAUUCCCAGGGAGCUGGCUGCAGUAUUAACUCACAAUUGUUUUUUUGUUUUUUUUUGUUGUUACCACUUUGUUUUUGUUCUUUUAAUUGUCUGCUCUGAGCAUAUUUACAUUAAUCGAUUUUCCACAACUGACAAAUUAUGAUUUUCUGUACAUAGGCCGUGCAUUGAAUACCUUUUUUGAAUUUGUCCUGAGUGUAAGAUAAAAGUCUUUUGAAUAUGUAAAAAUAAUGCAUUUCAGAACAAACUUAUAGAAAAACGUUCUCAAUAAAAACCUUUUGUGGAAAAA